UUCCUGCGGAUGUGUCUCUCAAGGGAAAAACUUAUUUGUGCCUAAGUUCUGAGCGCGGAGUCAGGAUGCUGCAGCACCCCAGCAGAGCUGUUACCUAGUUACAGGCUGCGGUGUGAGGCUGAGCGACCUGCAGGCGUCUGGUGAUGAUGCUGCGCAUCACUUCCACUCCGGGAGCAGACGGAGAGGAAAGUCGGGAGGAUGAGAACAAAACGCAGCCCGGCAGGAAACACAGCGACUGAUGAGGCUGCGUCUCGCCGCGUGUUUUCACCCACGAAUCCUGCAGGAAGCCUCCGAGGAAGCCACGUCACGGAGCGGAAAGUCUGAUGAAAGGCUGGAAGAGACUCGGGGGCACCUGUGAUCUGCAGAAAUGAGCCCACACACAAACUGCUCCAACAACUCAACAAAACAGAUGGGAGGCAGCUGAAACAUCAGAGAGACACAUCGACAGGAAGAGCACAUCCAUGGGUGACGUUUCACUUCCUGGUGAGAUGUCGGCUGAGGCGUGGGAAAACGACAGCCUGCUCAGCCCCUCCCCCCCUCUGCUCCUGCUCAUGCUCAACGACUCCGACCUGAACGAGACGCUGCUCAACGCCACCAACGCCACCUUCCUGGAUGUUUCCUUGGGUCCCAGCGUGGCCGGGGUCCUCAUCCCUCUCAUCUACAUCAUCGUCUGCAUCAUCGGCCUCGGUGGGAACACGCUGGUCAUCCACAUCGUGCUGCACUACUCAAAGAUCGAGUCGGUGACCAACAUCUACAUCCUGAAUUUAGCCAUCGCUGAUGAACUCUUCAUGUUCGGCCUGCCCUUCCUGGCCGUCCAGAACACCCUCCAGCUCUGGCCCUUCGGUUCCUUCAUGUGUCGCCUCGUCAUGACCGUGGACUCCAUCAACCAGUUCACCAGCAUCUUCUGCCUGACCGUGAUGAGCAUCGACCGCUACCUCGCUGUCGUCCACCCCAUCCGCUCCUCCAAGUGGAGGCGCCCUCAGGUGGCGAAAGUGGUGAACGGCACGGUGUGGGCGCUGUCCUUUCUAGUCGUCCUGCCCGUGGUGGUCUUCGCUAACAUCCAGAAGGCUGGGGGCACCUGUAACAUCGCCUGGCCCCAGCCGGCGAACAUCUGGAGGGCCGCUUUCAUAAUCUACACCUCCACCGUUGGAUUCUUCUGCCCUCUCCUCAUCAUUUGCCUCUGCUACCUGCUCAUCGUCUUCAAGAUCCGCAGCUCGGGUAAAAAGGUCCACGCCACCUCCACCAAGAGGAGAAAAUCAGAGCGAAAAGUGACGAGGAUGGUCGUGAUCGUUGUCGCGGUCUUCGUCUUCUGCUGGCUGCCAUUUUACGCCCUCAACAUCAUCAACCUCCUGGUCAGCCUGCCCUCGGAGUACCAGGGUCUUUACUACUUCGUGGUGGUCCUCGGGUACGCCAACAGCUGCGCCAACCCCAUCGUGUACGGCUUCCUGUCGGACAACUUCAAGAGGGGUUUCCGUAAAGCCCUCUGCCGCUCCACGAGGAAGGUGGAGAACCACGACCCCGGGGAGCACCAGCUGCAGCAGGAGGAGGGCAGGAGGGCGCUGAUGCCCAGGGAAAGCCUGAGACGAGCCAUCCGGGACGAAGACGAUGACGACGACGACGAGGUCGUCUCGGAAAUGACUGAAAUCUACAGGAUCACUCAGAACGGAAACUCCAGUGUCCAGCAGCAGCAGGUGUUCUCAGAGAGAGGAGCGGCGUCCGGAGCCACGGAGCCGUCGUCCCCGGACCGGACCGGCGGCGACGCCAAAGGAAAAGAUUCUGUGAACGGCUCCUCGCUGACUGUCCCCCUGCUUCUCAACGGAGCCAAGAACGGAAGCAUUAAAACUCUGCCGGAGGAAAACGCAGAUCAGAGUAACUCACUGGAAAUAAGUUAUUUAUAAUGUAAAAUAUGUUUGUUUUAUGUUCAUGAGGUGAAAUUAUGGUUAUCCUCAUCUCAAAUCUACAAACAUUUCAGGAAAAACUCAAAUGAGCCUCGAUUUAUUUCAUUUGAUCAAUGAAAUGUAGGAUUGUUUCUAAAUAUAUGAAGGUAUGGCGUGGUUUGAGGGCCAAAAUUAAGACUAUUGCAUGACCAGCAAUUACUACAUCCUUGUAGUGUAACCGUGCUGAACUUGGCCGUAACUUAGUCCAACUCGGUCCAAAUAAAAGAAAACCCAUUCUG